AUGGAGUCAAUAAACGAAAUAAAACAACUCAGCUCGGACCUACUGGCGUCUAACUCGGAAAUCGAGAAGUCCAUCGAGUUUUUAUCCUGUAAAUAUGAUGAGAUUUGCGGAGAAAUUAAAAAUGUACACUCGCAAAACAUGAUUUAUGGUGACCGCCUAUCGAAAUUAGAGAACACUACAGAAGAGAUCGAACGCUUCUCCCGCUCCAGUUCAAUUGAAAUCCGCAACCUGCCUAUCAACCUGCCAUUAUCUCAAGACGAUCAAGUAGUAAUUGCCUGUCGCAUCUUCUCGGAGUUGUCUACCAAAGUCCAGACUUCUGACAUUUAUGACAUCCGUUGUCUCCCCUCCAAGCAAGAUACUAAGACCGUACUUGUAACCCUUAACUCUGUCAUCUUAAAAAACCAAAUCUUGAAGGCCUUCAAGGAAUACAAUAAGAAGAACUCGGGCGGUAAGUUGAACGCAAAGGUUUUAGCUCCUGAAUAUCCUGGCCAACUGAUAUAUGUCUCUGAAAAUCUGACAGCCCGUACCCGCAGGCUCUUUUAUCUGGCCCGCGAGUUUGCGAAAGCCGAAAACUUCAAACAUUGUUGGACAGCAAAUUGCAGGGUUCUUCUCCGCAAAGAAGACAAUGGCAAACUCAUUGUCCUUACCAGUGAAUCUCAACUAUCUAACCUAAAGUCAAAAAACUGA